GCGGUGAAUUGCAGGUGUGAAGAAGAAACAAGAUGGCGGACGCUCAGAGUGGGGAGGGCGCACAGAACAACCCAGACUCGGACAGCGGCGCUUCUGAUCAAGAGGAACAACGUAUGUUACCAGGAGGAGGGGCACAGCCUGCUAACACCAGAGUCCACAGCUACGCUGACGAUGCUGAGGAGAGAAUCCGCACAUUGCCAGCUGAUGCCUAUGAUGUUGACCUGAAUCACUGUGGGAUAGAGGCCCUUCCUGACGUAGGGUUGGACAGACUUACCCAAGUGGAGACCCUGUGUCUGAGAUGGAACAGCAUCAAGAAGAUAGAAAGUCUGGACCAGCUGACUUCUCUAGAAGAACUGGAGCUGUACGACAACCAGAUUAAACAGAUAGAAAACCUCAGCACACUUGUAAAUAUGCGUAUCCUAGACAUAUCAUUCAACAUGCUGCGGAAGAUAGAAAACUUGGAAGCCCUGACCAAGCUGCAGAAACUCUUCCUGAUCCAGAACAAGAUCACCCAGAUAGAGAACCUAGGGCACUUCAAGAGCCUGACUAUGCUGGAGCUGGGGGCCAACAGGAUUCGUGUAAUAGAGAAUCUUGAUGGCCUGGAGAACUUGGAACAAUUGUACCUGGGCAAGAACAAGAUCACCAAGCUGCAGAACCUAGAUAAACUCAGCAAACUGACAGUUCUUAGUAUACAGAGUAACAGAAUCACCAAGCUGGAAGGUCUGACGGGGCUAGCCAACCUGAAACAGCUGUACAUCAGCCACAAUGGUAUCCAGAAACUAGAGGGUCUGGAAAACAAUCUGCAGCUGGACACCCUGGACGUGGCAAACAACAGCAUCCAGAAGAUCGAGAACGUCAGCCACCUGGUGCACCUGGAAGAGUUCUGGUGUAACCACAACCAGAUCAGUGACUGGAAGGACCUGGAGCAGCUGUCAGGUGCCAAACAGCUGGCCACGGUGUACCUGGAAGGGAACCCCAUUCAGGCAAAGGACACCAACUAUAGGAGGAAGGUGAAGCUUGCCCUGCCCUGUCUACAGCAGAUAGAUGCCACCCUGUGUGGACAGUAGGACCAGCAGACUGUGGAUGGAACUACAUGUAGCACAGGAAGGCUGACUGGGAAAACAUCACGGGCACACAAUUCUUUAGCCCCUGUCACACAUGGCCAAAUACAUGUAUUUGCUUCUAAACACUGCAGAACUCCCCCAACCAUGGUUAGGAGUAGCUGGGCUGUGUGGUUUGGCUGGUUUUCAGCAAGGUUGGCUACUGUUCAGCGGCACCAGCCAAAUGUUUCACUCACUCAUUCCACUCACUGGGUCGAGCUUCCCUCGGUGCCAAUGAUAGCUCUCCAUCUCUUCCUAUCCUUCAUUUCUACCAUCAGGUUUUUCCUGUCGAGCUGGGUGUCAUCCAUUAAUUGAUUUAUGUAGUUUCUUGUUGGACGACUUCGACUUCUUUUUCCAUGUGAGGGCUCCCACAGUAUUAACUGGUUUAUGAUUUCAUCCUCACUUCUGUAGCAGUGUCCGAUCAACUUCAACCUUCGUUUUCUUAUUGUUUCGCUCACUGUGGGUAGGUUUUCGUAUAGUACACCAUUUGGUAUCUUUUGGUACCAGUGUACAUUUUUGACAAUCCUAAGCAUUUGUUUGCCAAAUGUUUCAAAAUGUUUAAAACAUUUGGGUGUGGACGGGAGGUUCAGCAAUAGUUGUUGUCACGUGGUGUUCGGGAGUAGGUCAUGUUUUGGGCAUGUUCGGAAGGUCAAAUUUGACUCAAAUCGGAUUUGAUUCAUAUAGAAAGGUACAUGUAGGCAUAGCCUAAUUCUAGUCAGACUGCUCCCGAACUUCAGCUAACCCUUUUGGAUGGUAGUCAGGGGAAAGUUCUGAAUGUGUGACAGGGGCUUACUUUACUGUACUAUUCUCUACUUGUACAUGUACAACUACAAGUACAAAUGUGUAUGUACAUGUACGUGGGGUGGUACCAGUGACGUGUCCCCAGCCUUGCACUGUUUAUUGCAGUCUGUUCUAUGAAUGUAACAGCAGGGAGCAAUUCUUGUUCUACCAGUAUUAUGGUACAAAUAUAAGAUCUUCAUCUAAAAAAUAUAACAUUACUAUAGAUGUUGCAUGGGUACAUUAAAUGCUCUAUCUUAUGAUACCAAAAUGCCUUUUGCAAUAAGGUUGGAUCUUGAUCCAAUUACUAGUAUAUAUAAUUAGGCAGUCCUAGAUUUUAUGCAGUUUAAAAACAAAUUGUCUUUCCGACUUGUUUACAUUUUUGUCAUGUUUGAAGUUGCUAUUUGUAAAUAAAGUCAUGAAAUAACAUCUUUAGUAUUAAGAUAUGCAAAUUUUGUUUGCUUAGCUCAAAUAGCUGUAUGAUAUCUAGUAUGUUGUGUGACCUAAGAAAUUAUGUUUAUUUUUUUACUUUUUACCCAAAUUGUAUGUUAGCUAUCCUUUACUACCCCCCUUCUUUUAUAUCUCAAGAUAAUUAUAUCAGCAUCAGGGCUGAUGGUAACCAGGCCUUAUAAUUAGCUUAUGACUGUCAGGGAGAAACAAUCAGGCUUUUUCAACAUCCGUCCUUUGAAUUUUGUGGGAAUCCUGUUGCUUUUGAUGGACCAGGGUUCUAGCUAGUGCAAAGUAGCGUAGGGGCCCCCUAUGCUAUAAUUUUGACCCCCUACACUAAAUUUCCCCCCCUAUGCUGUAAUUUUGACCCCCUACGCUAAAUUUGCCCCCUAUGCUAAUUUUUAAUACAGCACAGGGCAUUGUGACUGUAUUUCUUUGUUCAAGAAUGCCACAUCAAAUGUGAAAAAUCAAGGAUACAUUGUACAUACCUUAGAAAUAACAUUUUUUCCCUUUGGGUAUCCCUCAAAUGGCCUCUUUUUACGCUCAAAUUUUUAAAAGCUCCGCUUCGCUCUAUCAUCAUGCGGCCAGUGCCACUACACUUAAAUUAAAUCCUAGCUAGAACCCUGUGGACAAUAGUUACAAAAAAAUAGAUGUGACUAAUAUGAAAAUGAAUGAAUACUGUAGGCUUUGCUGAAAUGAAGUAACAGUUCUUUAGCAGCAACUUAAAUGUCUUUUCAAGAAGUGGACAGAAGAUAAAGUGAGCACAUAUUGUUUGUCACAUGUACUGAGAAAUGAUAUACCUCUUACCUGACUUGCCUGUAAAAUUUAUAGGUGUUAAAUGUUGCCAGUCCCCACUUUGAAU